AUGACUGCCUCUACUCUCAGUCGGGGCUCACGCUCCUUUGAGGUCUUUGCGCGCCUGGCUCGUCCCAAUAUCACCAUCGAGCUUAAACAUGAGGCAGAGGGCAUCGCCCAUUCCUAUACCACUGGAGACCAGAUCCAAGGCACUGUCAUCGUCACCGCAGAACAUCUUACCAGCUUCGACGAAAUUGAGAUCAAACUCGAGGGCAUACAAUCGGUAACAGUAGAACGGGGGCAAAUCCCAGGCCGUUCAGGGGCGUACCAGACAUUCCUGCGACUUCGCCAGCCCAUGGAGGAGUCAACUUAUCCGAUGCCUCGAGUUUUGGAGCCUGGCCUCACAUACAAGUUCCCAUUCACCUUUGUUGUCCCCCAGCGUCUUCUACCACACGCCUGCAGCCACGACAAAAAGAACGUCCAUCUUGAACAUGCCCACACCCUCCUUCCACCCACUCUAGGAGACCCCCUCCUAGCCAGUGACGGCCGAUCGCUCUUGGAUGACUUGGCGCCUCAUAUGUGCCGGAUCACGUAUCAGGUCAGUGCGGAUGUGAUACAAAAACCGGUCGUGGGGCCCCCGAAGUCUCUGCAACUCGUGAACAAGAAGAUUCGCAUUGUUCCAGCUGUUGAAGAGGAGCCCCCGCUAACAGUGCUGGACACUGAUCCUGUCUAUUGCACUCGCAAGGAAAAGGAUGUGAGGCGCGGCACGAUGAGACCGAAGCUCGGCCGACUGGUCGCAGCUGCAUCGCAGCCAAAACCCGUACAGCUAAACCCUCCCAACGUCGAGCCCUGUGACUCGGUGAGCACAUGCGCCACUAUCCAUCUACGCUUCGACCCCGUGGGCAACGAAACACCGCCCAGUCUCGGAAUUGUCUGGAGCAAGCUGCGCGCCUCGACUUACGCCGCUGCUUCCCCCUGGCAGGACUACCCAAACACGUCCAGUGUCUCCGCCCUGGGACAGAUGGGACAAAUGGUCUACACCGAGUCGGUGCCGCUAUCCACCAUGUGCGUUGAAUCUGCGCAAUGGACAAAGCAUACCAUCGGCGACCUCAUCCGCCGGGACUCGCUCCAAUCGACUUCCUCACGGGAGUCCUUGACAGGUCCUCCUCCGUCGAGCUCCUUCUCGGGUACCGCAUUCUACCUCGCCUCCAUCACAGUCCCCGUGACUCUUCCUAAGAACAAGCUCUUCCUCCCGACUUUCCACUCCUGCCUGAUCUCGCGCAUCUACACCCUAGAGCUCUGCACCUCCUACCAUACCCCCAACAUGAACAUCCUCACCCCAACAGUCUCGUUGAAACUCCCCAUCCAGUUCACAAGUCGCCCCCGCCCUCGAGCGACACUAACCCAGUUGCCCGAGAUCACGCAAGACGAGGUAAACGCCGAGUUUUUCUGUCCUCGAAGCGUCGCCCCGCCCGCUGCUACCUCGCUCCCGGACCCCGCUCCCCCAGCUUACUCGGGCUUCCUUGCACCGCCGCAACGUCGCGCAUUGCCCGCUUCCUCUCAGCCGCCUACUCGGCAAGUACGAUGUCAGUGA